UCACUUUUCCGUCAAAGCCAACCGAACCGACCCUGAAAAACCAUGCAACUGAAAGUUCCGAAGGUUUGUUGGCUUCAUUUCUGUUUUCCUGCAAUCUGUGCACUUUUCAUUAAUUAUUACUUUAGUUUCUGGUGUAGAAGAUUAGCGUAUGAUUCGCGGUUUGACGUAGAUUACAAAAUCGGCACUGAAAAUUGUGUUUGCUUCUUAUUCGAUUUAUGACAUUUGUCUCCUGAGCCGUCAUGGAGCAAGUGCAGGUUUUCAAGGAAAUUCUGAACCAGAUAGGAAGCGGCCAGGGAACGUUUCGUGAGUCCGGCGAACAGGGCCGUGCAUUGAUGGACGUAGUCCGCUAGCUGCCGAGCAGCGAUGUUAAAGGUGAAUGCCUGAAAUCCUUCCUGGACGUGAUUCUGCGCGAAUCCUUCAACAUCGUCUCGGCACGGCAGUACCUGAACGAAUUUGUAACGGGAGUGAAUGAUCUCGACGCGGAGAUGCAAAAGAUGGUCAUCAGUUAUGCCUUGGACAAAAUGCAGUCGCGCUCCAUCUCUUUCGAGGAGCAGAUGUAUCCGCUGCGACUGCGCUUGGCCGCCGAGUUGGAGCGCGAACAGAACUGGUUGCAGGCGGCCCGUGUGCUGUCACAGAUCCCGCUGGAGAGUGGACAGAAGCAGUAUACCAAGGAGAAUAAGAUGGAUUUGUAUUUACAAAUUGGGCGCCUGUUCCUGGAGGCUGAGGAGUUCACGGAAGCGGAGAACUACAUCCACCGUUUGGGCCUGCUCAUUGAUAGCGCCGCUUCCGAAGAGAUCCGCAGUUCGCUUCAGCACUUGAAACACAAGCACCUCGUCGAAGUUGCUAAGAGCUCGAUGGAUCGUCUAAUUGUUUCGUUAGGGAAGCCCUGUGAUUUAACGGAGCAGUUUGCGAAGGUGAUGGAUUUGAUCCGCGGACUGCCCGAUAACCAUGCCAAAGAGGAAUGCCUGGAGCAUUUCUUAAACACAAUCCUCCGGGAAUCAUUCAAUGUUAUCUCAGCGCGGCAGUAUCUCGAAGAAUUCGCGACUUCCGUGUAUGAUUUGGAUGCGGAAACACGAAAAUCAGUGCUUAAAUAUGCGCUUAGUAAAAGCACGAGUGCAUUCAAGGAACAAAUGUUCAAACUACAACUACUUCUGGCCGAUGUAUUGGAAGACGAACAGAAUUGGCGUGAGGCGGCUUAUGUGCUGGUGCUGACUGAAUUCCCAGAACAGCCCGUUUUAGAACGUAUCAAACUGUAUCGUCGAAAGGUCCGCCUCCUUCUUGCAGGUGGAGAUUUCGGUCUAGCAGAAAGUUGCAAUGCAACAUUGGGAUUGUUGCUUCAAGGUGACCCAACCAUUCCCGAGGAAUUUCGGGCGUUUCAUGCAACCUCUUUUGCGAGCAUACAGAAUUUCAAACGUCAAAACAAUAACUGAAGUUCUGGCGAGCUAUGGAGAAACCAGAUGCAGAUUUCUUCAAGUAUUGCAGGUCAAUGCAGGAUAUGGAUUAAGAAACUAUUCCUGCUGGAAAAUAACGACGGAAGUACCUUGUGGAAAUGCGCCUUCUAGUAGUUUAUUUUUUUCUCUUGUAGAUAGAAAUGAGUACGUUCAACUAGAUGGUUCACUGUUUUUUUUUGCUACAUAACGCUCAACGGCACUAACCGUAAGUAGGAAAUUAGGAAUGAUUACAGUAGUGACCAUAACUCUGAAUAGAAAUUGUUGCGGUUCAAUGAUGCAUUGGGUUAAUCAAUUGUUUUUCCUGUUGAUUAUCAACUGUUCUGUUGAUCUGAUUCCCGUUUCCAUUGCUCAUGGGAUUAUCUGUCAAAUUCUAUAGAAAUACUCCGCUUUUUAGUUUUCUGUUUUUCGAUGCUCGCUGAAUUAUUAUUCGAAG